UGGGUGGCUGUCAAUUAAUAACAAUGGCAUUGUUUCCCUGAAGUACUGGAAAAGUGAUGAGCAUAUUGGCAGAAAAAAUAUUGGGUAUUUGUACAUGCAGUUCCAAGUAUUCUUCACAAGUAGCGGGGAACUGACAUCAAAGACCUUAUCACAUUUCAAGGAACGAAUAAUCAAAUCUGAAAUUCUAAGAACCAUAUAGGAUAAGAUAAAAGGACAUGAUUUCAUAAGAGACAUGUGUCAGUUCAUUUUAGAACUAAAUUGAAGAAGCAUAAUGUAUGAAGAGGCAUAAUGUAUGAAGAAGCAUAAUAAUGGCAGCUCAACCUCUCACUAGAACUGCCACUAAGCAAAUACCUGUGCCACAUAAAACUAUAGCAUGUCAGGAUUUGUUACAAGAAAGCGAAAACUUUUGCGGAUUUUUGAGAAUCCCACCACGUUUUCGUUUCAUAAAUAGCUCCUCCAAUGAUGCCUGCAGCAAAGACAAGAAAAAACUAAGUCAGUUAGGACAUUUUGUUGGGAAUACUGUCUCCAAAAUGGCAGAUUGGCGUCAGGUGUAUAUUGUACUCUCAAAGGGAUGUGUUUACCACUUUAAUGAUGAAAAGGCAAAGAAACCAUUCGCUGCAUAUUCUUUAUAUGGAUAUGAUAAAGUAACGACAGCUGGUGAUAUCCCACAGUCCGAGACUCCAUGGCCUUUCAAAAUUAUCCAUGCAAAGAAAGAUGAAAAUGCAGAAAAAUCUCGGUACUAUUCCGCUCCAUCUGAGAGAGAAAGCAAGGAAUGGAUGCUUAACUUUAAAAGGGAAAUGGUUUCUGCAAGUGGACAUUUCAGAGAGACUGGUGUGGGCCAAGAUCAUGUGCUGCCCUCUGCUGAUGAGUGGAGGGAUCAACUAGAAGAGCCUAUCUAUAACAGCAGUAGUGAGAUUUCAUCUACGUCAACUCACAAUUUAGAAGAGGAUGAUUCUGAUGAGGAAAACUAUACAAAGAUAAAGGAUGAAGAUCUGGAUGAUGUUUUUCAUAAAGAACCUCGAGACAAACACAAACCAUUUAGUGCAAUAUCAAUGCCCAAGUUUUUAAAAAAAACGAAACCAGGCGUAACUCCGCCCCCAGGUAUUGGAGAGAUCAAUAGUCUACCAAGAAGUCCACAGCAUACUGAGACGCCACCCUCUAAACCCAAUAGGAUGAUUUCUCCAUUGUCCCCAAAGGUAACCCAGUCUCAAAUUACAGAUAAGAUUAAAGCCCUAGGUUUUAGAGACCAACCUGAUGGUGAAGAUGAAAGUAGACAGCACAAACCUGUUGAGAAGAAACCAGCUCUUAAACCAAAGCCACCUUUAAAACCACCAAUUGGAGCAAGAACUUUGGAAUUUGAGCCUAUGGCGGGAGGCCAUCUUAAACCAUCAGAUAUUAAAAAGGGAAGAAAACACUCUACAGACACCGAAAAACCAAAAGAAGCGCACCAUACACUGUCUACCAGGUCUUUCUACAGUUUGCAGUCACAAUGCUCAGUCAACACUGAUGCUCCAGAAUAUUUAGGUUUGCGAGAAGAAGUUGAAGGAGAGGAAGAAUUAAUCAUGGAAGAGCCAAAACCUGAAGAAAGUAAUAACGAUAAUGAGGGGGAGAGUGAGAGUUACUGGUCAGCUGUGUAUUGGUACGGUGCAAGCAGAGAGGAGGCAAAUCAGCUUAUUAAGAAUAUAGGAAUAAAGGGAGUCUAUCUAGUCAGAAAAGGCACCGAGACACAAUGGGUUCUUGUUGUUUACACUGGCGAUGAUACUAGUGAUGUGAAAAAGUAUAAGAUACAGGAAUGUGCUGAUGAGUUCCACAUAGAAACUGGAUGUACAUUUCAGUCAAUACCUCACAUGCUGAGUCAUUACUACUCCCAUUCUCUUCCCAACUCUGAGGUUACAUUGUCUCACCACUACAAGAUGUAUUCCUAGUAUCAUUAUGCCAUUAAAAGGAAUCAAACUCAAAAACAAAGACAAAUUGCAAUCAGCAGGCUAUAUUUGACUUAUAUAUCACUGGGAAGCUACAGGGUGCAGUCCUAACAUUGGUCAGUAUAACUGGGACAUAGACAUAUAUCUGAUAAAAUGUAGGUCAUUCACUGUGAGAUCUAUUUUAAAUUCUUGUACUAUGAUAUACAAAGGCCGAUCCAGAAGUUCUGAUAAAAAUGCUGUAUGUUUUUCAUAAGAAGAGGAAAUUGAAAUUUUUACACAAUUCACAUAAUUCAUAUGGCUAUACAGCACAAAUUUUCACAAAUUUUACCCUGUCCCGCUAUAGCUAUUGAGGUUACCAUAGCAAUCACAAC